CACGCUAAACUCAGAGGGCCCGAGGCCGUGCUCUGAAUCUUACCUGUGGCUUCUGCACCCGCUUGAGCCUCCACCGGGGUCCCCGCAUCUCCAGACCCCGCGUCCGCCUUGCACCCCCGUGUCCCUGUGUCUCCGAGUUCCCGCAUACCCGCUCCCAAGCCACCCGGAAGGAUGCGUUGUGCACCGACGGCCGGAGCAGCCCUGGUGCUGUGUGCCGCCACGGCUGGGUUUCUGAGCGCGCAGGGCCACCCGGCGCCGCCCGAGCCGCCGCAGCGCUUCGCCUCCUGGGAUGAGAUGAACGUGCUAGCUCACGGGCUCCUGCAGCUCGGCCACGGGCUGCGCGAGCACGUGGAGCGCACCCGAGGGCAGCUGGGCGCAUUGGAGCGUCGUCUGAGCGCGUGCGGGGCCGCCUGCGAGGAACCCCGGGCGUCCGCCGCGCCUCCUAACGUCCCGGCGAGUCUAUUCCCCGGGGGCGAGACCGCCCCAGAGACCCUCCGCAGCCUGCAGACUCAACUCAAGGCUCAGAACAACAGGAUCGAGCAACUCUUCCAGAAGGUCGCCCAGCAGCAGCGGCACCUGGAGAAGCAGCACCUGAGAAUCCAGAAUCUGCAGAGCCAGGUGGGCCUUCUUGCCCCCAAGCACCUGGACCACCGAGUGACCAAGCCGGCCAGGAGAAAGAGGCUACCCAAGAUGGCCCAGCUUGUUGGCCCUGCUCACAAUAUCAGCCACCCACACAGGCUGCCCAGGGACUGCCAAGAGCUGUUUGAAGACGGAGAACGGCAAAGUGGACUGUUCCAGAUCCAGCCACAGGGGUCCCUGCCGUUCCUGGUUAACUGCAAGAUGACCUCAGAUGGAGGCUGGACCGUAAUUCAGAGGCGCCAGGAUGGCUCUGUGGACUUCAACCAGUCCUGGGAAGCCUACAAGGCUGGCUUUGGAGAUCUCCAAGGAGAGUUCUGGCUGGGCCUGGAGAAGGUGCACCAGAUCUUGGGGGACCGCGGCAGCCGUCUGGCUGUGCAGCUGAAGGACUGGGAGGGUAAUGCCGAGUCGCUGCAGUUCCCCGUCCACCUGGGUGGCGAAGACACGGCCUACAGCCUACAGCUCACCGCACCCGUGGCCAGCAAGCUGGGUGCCAUCACUGUCACACCCAGCGGCCUCUCCUUGCCCUUCUCUACCUGGGACCAGGACCACGACCUCCACGGGGACAAGAACUGUGCCAAGAGCCUCUCUGGUGGCUGGUGGUUCGGUACCUGUGACCACUCCAACCUGAAUGGCCAGUACUUCCGCUCCAUGCCACGGCAGCGGCAGCAACGUAAGAAGGGCAUCUUCUGGAAGACCUGGCGGGGCCGCUACUACCCGCUGCAGGCCACCACCAUGCUGAUCCAGCCCACAGUGGCCGAAGCAGCCUCCUAGCCUCCUUGCUGGGGCCUAUUCCCAGGCUCCUAGAGGACAGUAACUCUGACUCUGGCCCAGCAUGUGGCCAUUCCCUGCCUGGGCAGGGGCCAUCUGGAACCUCGUGGACAGAGAAGAAGCCCAUGACUGGAGAGGCCCCCUUUCUGAGUGGGGGGCUACAGGCGAUAUUCUCUGGAGGACAGAACUGCAGGGCUUCAGGACACAGACCCCACAAGCGUGGGACCAAGGGGCAUUGAGGCCUGCUCCUCGCCUGUCCGAGGAGUGGGAGACGCAGAGGGACCAGGAGCAACCAGGCUGGCCCUCAAUGGCGAAUUCAGUCACAUUGACUGGCUGGGGCCCAGCGCCUCACGGUGCUGUUGUAUGCGGGCGCUGUGGGUUGAGCCGGCGCCAUAGUGUUUGGGUGGAGCUCGCACAACUCUUGGAAUAAAAGCAACCUCAGAACA